AUGACACCCUCACCAUCCUCAGCCACCUCACCGCCCUCACUGCCCUCACCGCCCUCAUCUACAGCCCCCAAACCUCCCCUCAAGCGGUUGACGCGCGACCAGCGUCGAGACAUCCUACUGCUGCGCAAGUUAGGGCAUACAUACGAAUACAUAGCGACUUUCCUCAAAGUGUCUCCGCGCGCAGUGCAGUACACGUGUCAGAAACAAGACGCCACGCCGCAGCAUUCGCGAGCAGGUCGACGGCCGAAACUGACCAAGGAAGACGGCGAUCGACUGGAGGAAUUCGUCAAAGAUGCUGCGAACAAUAAAAUGAGCUAUGCGCAGGUCGCAAGGGCGCUUUGGCCCGAGGGCGGAGUCGGCGAAGAGGCCGUCAAGCAUGCGCUUUAUCAGAGGGGAUAUCGACGUCGUCCUCCUGCUGCGUCGUCGUCGGCUGGGAAAGACGGGGCAGUUAAGAAGAUCAAGAAAAACAAGGACACCUCGACGCCUGUCCAGAACGAGAAUGCAUAG